CUGUCAAAAUCGAAUUCGUCACAUUAUUCAUGAUGCAAAGCAUCCAUCACGGGGAAAAUUUCUCUUAAAUUAUCCAGUUUUACUGCCAUAAAACCUGUUCAGAAUUGUGUGUUUUAAUGAGAUAUUAGUGCAAUCGAACUGGGAUCAGUGGAUUACCGAUACGCAGUUGAGAUUCUUGACUGGAUUAUGUUGAUUCUGAUGUGGCAUUCAGCCUUAGCUAUUGCUCGUAUCGAAAAGUUUGUUUUGGAUCGUAAGCUUAAAAAAUUUUCAGCUUCAGCUGCCGUUUGAUCGAAAACCUCGAAAGAGGCAUGGAAAGACCAAUCUCUGUACCAGCAUAAGUGAGAGCACCAACGACGGUGCUGAAAAAAGAUAAGAAAGCUGUGUGUGGCACGCACGAAUAAAAGGGAGGCGUAUCGCGAAAAAUAAUAAAAAAGAGUCGACGACAAAAGAUGAUGUGUCAAAUCAGUGUAGAUCUGCUGGCAAGAAAAUGGACAAUACAAAUUUAUUUGCGCUGAUUAGAAUAUAAGCACAAUCGAUUGGAAUUCCUUUCCCGGGAUUGGGGGAGAAAGUUCUCCGUUUGAAGUAUAAAAGGUUAUCGAAGCAGGGAGCAAAAAACGAACUGGACCGAAUGAAGAAGAUUGGCCACUAAAUGAGAUCGUCUGUAAGUUACAUGUUAUCGCAAGGACCAGGUGACCCGAUAAUGGCGCAUCCAGACUACGAGCAGCAUCACUAUCAUCACGGUUGUCUGCUAAUCCUUGUGCGCGGAAUCGGUCCACUGAAGCCGCGAUCUCUGCAGCGUGUUUUCGAACGUAUUCAGCGACUGAACAACGUCAAAAUUCCUGAUUCUUCAGGAAUAACUCGAGAUAUUUGGGUCCGAUACAUUAGAGACCAUCCAGUGGAAAAUAAUGAUUGGGGUGAUUUCCAGCCGCAUCGGAGACUGCUGGGUUUGAUAACAGUUGGCAAAUUCGACAACCAAACCGAACUGAAUGAAUUAUGCCGAGUACACGAAUCACUGAAGGUCAAAUACACUAAUACUUUGUUCGAUUCUCGGUGUUUACUGUUUGGCCCAACGGAGGAAGAACUGCAAAAACUUUCAAUAAACCUGGAGGUCAAGAAAGAUCCAACCAUCGAAAACUGUUUUCAGACACCGUCUAAUUUUAAAAGUCGAGCUUUUUUCUAUCCAGAAAAUGAUCCUUGUGCUAAUCUGGAGACCAAGAUUUCAGAGUUCAUCACCUCCCUUUACUAUAUAUUGGAAUUAAAAAGGCUUGAAAAAACUCGAGAAAAAAUUGACAAAGUGCCACUUCUUCUGGCCCCGUUUGAGAAGAAAGAUUUCGUUGGCCUUGACAUGGAAAGUAGAAACAACAAAAAACGAUGCAUCGGUCGUAUGACGAAACAUCUCGGAGACCUUACCUUGCAGGCUGGAUUGGUGGCCGAAUCGCUAAAUCUGUUUCACUCGGCCAGUGAAACCCUACGUGCCAUAAGCGAUUCUCUUUGGCUUGGGGCAGCAUUCGAAGGCCUUUGCGCUGCUUCCGCUAUUCUGCUUUACCCUAAUUUUCGCUAUACCAUGUCUAUUCAACGAAACUCUAGUCUACAGGAAAACAAUUCUUCAUCUCCCCAGAAAUUUAACCUAGCUCGUAAUCAACUUCUUACCAGCAGCUAUAACGGAGAUUCCAGUAACAAUCUACGGCAGAAAAAAACCGAUAUGGUGAUAAAUCUGAAUUCUGAAACGGCAUCGAUUCCGGACAAAACUUCCGCUUCUUCUAACUCGUCAGCUUCUUCUAUCAGCUCGACAUUUUCCUCUGGAUCGGGUGGCAGCACGGCCAGUGGGAGUUCUUCGCUCACCGAUUCUGGAACGCUGGUUAACAAAUCAACUACUACCCAGAAGUUCCCUCCGAACAUUCUCCAACCGGAGGAAAUUCCAGCCCGUUAUCGAGAAGCGAUUAUUAAUUACAGCAAGUAUCGUAACGCAGGUAUUAUCGAAACAGAAGCUGCUCUGAAAGCAGCCAGAAUCUGUAUUGAACAGGGAAAAAACUUGGACGUAGCAAUGUUCCUUCAAAACGUACUUUACAUUAACCUGAACAUGACCGAACAACAGCGGGUUCGGCGGUUUGAAGUACUCACAGAUCUGUACCAGAAAAUAGGCUACAACAGAAAAGCCGCAUUCUGCCAACGACUUGCUGCCUGGCGACACGUUGCCGUUAGUAACACCAACCCUGACUGGGGCCAAAGUUAUCGACUCAUGCUGGAAAGUUUCCCAGGGCACAAGCUCGUUCUUGAACCACAACAGGUCCUCGAGAGCAACAUCGGCUGGCCGGUUUUACAGAUCGAUCUUCUCCAACAGCUGGUGGGAACGGCCAGACGGCUGGGACAAUCGGCGUUAGCUACACGGCACAUGACAUUCCUGCUGCAAACGAUGUGGCAACAUUUGAACGCACACGAUCAAAAAGAAAUGGCACUACAGCUCCAAAAUCUCAGCUCGCAGUGCGAGGGUGCACCGGUUCCGUUGGUAUUGGAAAAUGGAACCAUCAUACCGCCCGCGAAUCUGACAGAUCUACCUUUGUGCAGUCAACUGUUGGUAAAAGAUUUGCCGUCGCACAUGAAACCGCUCAAGAUUGUUGUUGCCAAAGCCGAUAGUGGACCGUUCCUUUUCACGCCAAUCCACUUCAGUUCGAUGGAUCGCCGCCAGCCGAAGGACGAUAGUAAAAUAUCGUUCAACUGGAUUCAGCACGAUGUGUGCGAGGUGAACUUGAAACUGACCAACCCGCUGCCCUUCGAGCUUCAGGUAACUGACAUCCGGUUACUAACAACAGGGGUAGUUUUCGAGGCAUUCCCACAAACGGUGAUGCUGCAGCCAAAUGUCUUGACAACAGUGGCCCUGCACGGAACACCUAUCGAAUCGGGAGAGCUAGACAUUCAAGGCUACAGCACCCACACGUUAGGAGUCAAAUCGAACUGUCGCUUGAAACACAUGUUACACCGAAAGCGACGCAAUCUGCCUUCGCACUAUCAAGUGAACGUAAUACCAGCGCUUCCAAAACUCGAGCUUAAAACGAGCCUCCCACAGACGGCAACUUUUAGUGGUAUGCCCAAUGCAGACUGUGUGACAACAUCGGCCAGUAUAACAUUAUACAAUGGAGAACAGGGCGAGUGCGUAGUAACCCUUACUAAUACUAGCAAUAUUAUGAUCGAGUACAUCGACGCUAAUUUUCAUUCCAAUAUGGAUUCGAACUUACAAAAUCGAAUCUUUCAAUUUGUUAAGGAUGAUAUUACUUCUCAACUACCUAUCAUGCCAAAUCAAAGCAUCAACUUUAAAAUGGUCAUCUAUGGAGAAGCCGAUUUCUUGGGAGCAGUGACCACGGGUCAGCAAUUGUAUUCACAUUCUUCGCAUCAGGAUGGUAUCAAUAGUGCAGGUCCACAAAGUUUAACGGUAUCGCACAGCGGCGGAUUAGUAAGUGGCAAUCUUAGCGGUGGCGGAAAUCCAAGUAUUCCCAGCCGAAUAAGUUCACCGACUAAUACUCAUCGAAGAAACGAUCCUUUGAUGUCGAGUUUCCGAUCAUCCCAUUCGGGUCAUUCAUCGUUGGCUACUUUGAGUGUGGGAAUAGCAGCCGGCCACAUGCCACGUCAGCUCGAAGCACAGCUACGAUUCAAAUACUCAGGCGGCGAGGGACUGCAGGAAGGAUACUGCAGGCAGUGCGCAAUUUCAUUCAACGUAGAGCUUCUGCCAAGUGCUCAGAUAACCAACUGGGAUGUUUUGUCAGCUGAGAUCCCUUCCCAGUUCUACCUUGUUCUGGACGUUGUGAACUUAACAGUACAGGAAAUGUCGCUAAAUUACACCUCAAACAAAACAAUACUCAUCGAGGCUAAGGAAAGCUGCCGGGUUCCGGUUCCCGUGGACCGAUGCCCGCUGGAGAGAAUUCUGGCUGCAACGGAACAACAACAUCAAUCAUUGAACAGUGCCGAUGGUGUCCAUCCUCCGAGCAUCCUCAGCGGACCAACGGGAACGAAUAGCAGUGAUACGACUGAUCUCACAGAACGCGUAUGCUCCGAGCAUAUAUCAGAGAAUGUGAACUUGAAGUGGUCCCUCCCGGGCCUCGACUGUAGUGGGGUGGCAUCUUUGCGCGGAAUGACACUUUCACCAACCAUGCUGGAUUUAGUGACGGUUCCACCAUUGCAAUGGGAGGUGAAAAUCGAUAAUCAACAGGUGGCACCCCAAUCAGAAGUGGUUUGCGUCACCGGUCAGUCAAUUGCAUUCAGCAUCGGGAUCUGUAAUUUGUCGGCCUCAAUCCUUCAUCACGUACAGCUGUCGAUUCAGUUCUAUCAAGACUAUCAAAAUGGACAUCACAACUAUCGGUUGGAAACACGUGUCACCAUGAGUGGUCCAAACCACAUUCUGGUGAAAGCCAUCAACAAGGAUGAGAAAGCAUUCCACGAAUGCUCGGUUGUAUUUUUCACGCCUGGCCUUUUCAAGGCGGACAUCCAGUGUCGCUCGCUAAGCUCGACCACAACCACGGAUGCGAUCGGUGGUACGUCAGCAACUGGGUCGUCAUCGCACGUGUGGCGGUUCAUUCCGCCUGUCGAAAUUACUGUCGUAGAUCAGUAAACAUUCUCUCUACCAUACGUGAUUAUGUAAAACUACUGCUUUCAAACAAAAGCAACUUGCACGUGUUAAUUAUUCUGCAAAAAUGCGAACAAAAAAUAGUAAUGUUUUCCUGUAAAUAAUCUAUUGUAAUUUUUCUUGUUUGCCUAUUCAAUGGAAGAAGUUUGUUGGAGCAGUUGCGAAGUGCAAACUUUUACCGGAAGAAAUGGAUUUCGAAAAAAGGUUAAAAAAAUUUCGUAAAAUUCUCGCCUAAAUUUCGACAAAAAGUUACUAUAUCUCAGCAAAAUAGAAAAGAAAGUGUAAAGUAAAGAAAUUAGCCAUUAAGCUAAACGAGAACAGAUACUUGUAACGGAAAAAUAUAGCAAUAUUAUUAUGAGAUGAGAUCUAAGGUAUAUAGGUAGUGGUUAGUAUUGUCCCAGACAAGGUGUGUGGUGGCUCGCAGCGCUAUUUGACAGUCAUUAGCAAACACAGAUCCGAAUAUAAUAUAAAUGUAGCUUUUGUCCUUAAAAUUUUCAAUUUUUUUAAGCCACGUACAAGAAAUUCUAAAAGCAUGCAUAUGUAUCCACAAAGCUUUGUUCAAAUCUGUAAUCUGUAAUAAUAGAACAAAAUUAAAUGAGAUGAAAAAGUACACAAGCAUUAAAUAUAAUUUUGUAUUGCAACGGCUUGAAAAUUAAACUGGAGAAAAAAAAAUAAGCCAAGCCAAACACGUUCAAAACUAUUGCAGUUGCAGUUAGAGAGAAUAAUACGAUAUUAAAAAAAAUGGAACACGGCUGAUGAAGCACUAUAAUUUUUUUUUCUGUUAAAAGCGAAAGAAUGUAUGUUAUUUAUUAUUGAAUUAAAAAUUGUAUCAAAAACAA